CAAGAGGGCGCGCGCGCGCCCCUCAGCUCUCACAUAACGGAAACUGCGCGAGAGCGACAUGCGCGUCAGGCGGAGAGAGGAGCAAGAGAAAAACAUUUUUGCACUUAUCAAGCUCAACUUCAGCCCUGCCGUUUCCUUCAGCAUUUAUUCGUAUUUUUUCCCACGCAGGGCUGCUUGUUUUUCAGCGGCCACGAGGAACAGAUAGUAGCGUACGCGAGCUUCUUACGUCUUAUGAAAGUUUUCCAGUCCAGCUGAAGUAACCGAGCGAUGCUCAGCAGGCUGUUUUAAAACGCCAAAGCUGUGAAGAAGAAAGCCCGAAGAGUUCAAGUUUACUUUCCAUUGAUGGAAUGAGAGUUUGAAUGGUUUACAAUGGCAGUCACUUUGACAAGCAUCACGCUGGCAUCCUGACAGCUCAGCUUCAAUCCAACAUGCCCAACACACGCUGGAGACUGCGCAGACGGCAGUGAAGUAUGCAAUCCGGGCCAUUCUAACUGGGCAAGAAAUAUUUGAAGAUCGAGGAUUGCACAUGCCUGUGGCAUUUCCCUUUCACCUGCCUUAGGACGGCGUGUUUUUAUUAAAACAGUGGCUCGGUGGACAUCAGCCACAGUUACGAGCUUGUCAACCCCAGUUUUACACAGUGGCCCUUUCAAUCUGCGGAGGAAACUAAUGUCUGCCAGUAGUAGCACUUCUCCUUUGACCUUACCUAAACACUUCGUCCAUUCUCAGCAUCAGACUGCACCCCCAACCCCGUCUCCGUCACCCAGCCCUCCGGUGCCGCUCUACGCCCGCCUCUCUAAUGGCAAUCACAGUGUGCCGAGUCCCACGAGCUCCAUUCAUGGAGUCUCUUUCCUCCUUCAGAUCGGACUCACCAGGGAGAUGGUGACCCUGGAGCCGCACGAUCUGUCACUCAGUUCUGUUAAGGACUUGGUCUGCUCCAUAGUCGAUCAAAAGUUCCCAGAAUGUGGAUUCUUCGGGUUGUACGAUAAGAUCUUGCUCUUCCGCCAUGAUCUGAACUCGGACAACAUCCUCCAGAGGUUAACGUCGGCAGAGGAGAUCCACGAGGGAGAUCUAAUCGAGGUCGUCCUAUCUGCUCAGGCGACGGUUGAAGAUUUCCAGAUCCGACCUCAUGCGCUCUACGUCCAUUCCUACAAGGCGCCGACCUUCUGUGACUACUGCGGAGAGAUGCUGUGGGGACUCGUCCGGCAAGGCCUUAAAUGUGAAGGUUGUGGGUUAAACUAUCACAAGCGAUGUGCCUUUAAGAUUCCUAACAACUGUAGCGGUGUAAGAAAACGUCGUCUGUCUAAUGUGUCUUUGCCCGGCUCCUCUCUGUCCGUCCCUCGGCCCGCACCUCUCGAGUGUGCUGUCUUGUCCCAGGAAGAGCGCCCCCAUCAGGAGGCAGGAAAGCGGAUACCAUCAUGGAGCGGGCGGCCCAUCUGGAUGGAGAAGAUGGUACUGGGUCGGGUUAAGGUCCCUCACACCUUUGUGAUUCACAACUACACCCGGCCCACCAUCUGCCAGUACUGUAAAAGACUGCUCAAAGGGCUUUUCCGUCAGGGUAUGCAGUGCAAAGAUUGUAAAUUCAAUUGCCACAAGCGAUGCGCUUCAAAGGUACCGAAAGACUGUCUUGGAGUAUUCAAUGGAGAACCGGCCAGUCCGGGUCCAGACUCUGAUGCCACGAUGGAGGUUGACAACAGUGAUGUGAACAGCGAUAGCAGUCGAGGGCUGGAUGACUCGGAGGAGCCCACCACACCAGAAGACAAGAUCUUCUUCAUGGACUCGCCCUUCACGGACCGUGAGAAAGAUGAAGAACCUAUGAAGACCAUCAGCCCAUCUACCAGCACCAAUAUCCCACUGAUGCGUGUGGUCCAAUCUGUCAAACACACCAAGCGAAGAAGCUCCACUAUGGUUAAAGAUGGAUGGAUGGUGCACUACACAAGUCGAGAUAAUCUUAGAAAGAGACAUUACUGGAGACUGGACAGCAAGUGUCUGACCUUAUUUCAGAAUGACUCGGGAACCAAAUAUUACAAAGAGAUUCCCCUAUCAGAGAUCUUACAGGUGGAGGUCGCACACGACUUUAGUUGUCUUGCAUUGGGGGGCAAUCCGCACUGUUUCGAGAUCAUCACCGACACCAUGGUGUAUUACGUGGGAGAAAACACCGGUGGUCCUCACCUCCACAUCCACAACCCGGCGCUGGCUGCAGGUGGUGUGGGUCUGGAGGUGGCACAGGGAUGGGAGAGGGCCAUUCGCCAGGCCCUGAUGCCUGUCCCGGUAACACCACAACCCAGUGUGGGCACCACGGCAGGACAGAGUAAAGACCACAAAGAAUUAUCCAUCAGCAUUUCUGUAUCAAACAGUCAAAUCCAAGAGAAUGUGGACAUCAGCUCAAUAUAUCAGAUCUUUGCUGAUGAAGUGCUUGGUUCUGGACAGUUUGGCAUUGUUUAUGGAGGAAAACACAGAAAAACAGGCAGAGAUGUGGCCAUCAAGGUCAUUGACAAAAUGAGAUUCCCCACCAAACAAGAGAGUCAGCUGAGGAACGAGGUCGCCAUUUUACAGAAUUUACACCAUCCUGGCAUUGUGAACCUGGAGUGCAUGUUUGAAACUCCUGAACGAGUUUUUGUUGUAAUGGAAAAACUUCAUGGAGACAUGCUGGAGAUGAUCUUGUCCAGCGAGAAGAGCAAACUUCCAGAGCGCAUCACUAAGUUUCUAGUCACACAGAUCCUUGUGGCUUUGCGACAUCUCCAUUUCAAGAACAUCGUACACUGUGAUUUGAAGCCAGAAAAUGUGCUGUUGGCAUCCGCUGAACCAUUUCCUCAGGUGAAAUUAUGUGACUUUGGGUUUGCCCGCAUUAUUGGAGAAAAAUCUUUCCGUCGCUCGGUGGUGGGCACGCCGGCGUAUUUGGCCCCAGAGGUACUGCGUAGUAAAGGCUACAACCGUUCACUGGAUAUGUGGUCGGUGGGAGUCAUUAUUUACGUCAGCCUGAGCGGCACUUUUCCUUUCAAUGAGGACGAGGACAUUAAUGACCAAAUCCAAAACGCAGCCUUCAUGUACCCAGCGACACCCUGGAAAGAGAUCUCCACAGAUGCUACAGAUCUGAUCAACAAUCUUCUUCAAGUUAAGAUGAGAAAGCGUUACAGCGUGGAUAAAACUCUCAGUCAUCCGUGGCUACAGGACUACCAAACGUGGCUGGACCUGCGCGAGUUUGAAACGCGUCGAGGAGAGCGUUACAUCACUCACGAGAGCGAUGACGCACGCUGGGAGAAGUACGCGUAUGAGCACAGUUUACUCUACCCUAAACAUUUCAUCAUGGCUCCAAAUCUGGAUGAUAUGGAUGAGGACCCCUAGUGGACACAUGAGGGUUAACUAAAGCUCAAUGUGAAAAACCUCUAUAGAGAUUGCAACAUCUCUGUCUGUGUUUGAGUCUGUGACGUGCUACAGGACCAGAGGAGCUUUGCGCUGCUUUCAGUGGAUCCACACUGAUGAUGAUGAUGAUGAUGAUGAUGAUGAUGAAACCUUUAUUACAGACUAGACGUUGUUUUUAAAAGGUGCUCUUUCUUUUAGAGAAAGUAUGAUCAGUCUUUUCAAAACUAUCUACAGUUUCAAGAAAUGUUAUUUAGAGAUGUGAAUGAAGUCAAACAGAAAAUGCUGUUCAGGCUUCGUUUGAAAGCAUCAAACUGGAACGUGACGUUUUUAUUGUUUUUCUUCUCACCCGUUUUAAGUCUUACAAAAAAUGAUUUUUACUACAGCAGACUAAAUGUUUUGAAGAGUCUGAUUUUUGCACUAAACAAUACAACCAUUGCAGCUGGUACAAGUGAACGAUGUUACAUGAGAUAACUGUGUACGAGAGCCUGAAGAUCAGCCGGCGCUCUUCUACAUACACAGUUUGACGGAUAAAAGAUGAACUUUACUGUACUGCCAGGAAUGGGAGAUGAUGUGUUUGAAGGACCAAAGACUUACUUUACAUUUGUUGUGUCUAUUUUUCUUACGCCAGACGAUCUUUUUAUUUAUUCUCUUAAAAUACACAAACAGAAUAUGGUGUCGGUCAAGAGUCUACUGUGAAACGUCUCGACAGCCUUUUGACCAAUCGGCACAGCUUUCUUUUCUUGAAAUAAAACCGUAUGGAUGAUAAUGGCUAACAAGUGUUUCUAGAAAGAAAUGUUCAACAGUAUUAUGAUAUCUUCUUUCUUGCUUUUUAACUAUGAAUCCCAGAACUGGAAUAUCAAAGAGAGAAAGAGGAAUCAAAAUAUUUUGGAUAAUGGAUUUCUGUUAACGUUGUUCUAAAUACAACCUGCUAAAUGAAACGAAGCUGUUUAAAUGUAUGUUUGUGCUCUACAAACAUGCACACAGCAUUUGAUGAACACAUAACAGAUUUUAUUCUUAUAUUUGUGACUCUGUCUGUGUAAUUCAGGUUAAGGUCUCAUAAUCAAUUUUAAAGAUCAAUCAAAGUUAUAUUUUCACAGAAAGUUGUCGGAUGAUUUUAUGUAGAAAACAGUAAAAACUGACUUUCGCUGGGAUUUCACAGACUGGGUCACAUGUGGGUAUCUCGACAGAAACCCUUUUAUGCAGUUUUGACAAUCCUGAGAAAAGAUGAACGUUUUUUGUAUGCAUGUUAAAAUCUGGGAGUGGAGGCUUGAGGAUUCCUCUAAUUCAUUGUGUUAGUUUUUUUAAUGUUGCCGCUGGAUUGGCAAAUGUCAGUUUUUGUGUAUUUCAGUGCAUACUGAUUAAAUAAAAACAAUACACGCUGUGA